UAUUCAUUUAUCAUAAAAACAAAAAAUAAAACAAAAAAAAAAAAAAAAUUAAAAAAUAAAUAAACGAUGCAUUGUCUAUGUCGACCAUCGCGGAUUAUGUCCGUGCGAAUAAAUUUAUUGGAUGAAACGGAUUUUAUACAUGAAAUCAAGGAUGAUUUACCUGGCCAGGCACUGUUGGAUGUGGUAUUUGCCAGACUGAAUUUAAUUGAAACUUCAUACUUUGGUAUACGUUACAUCGAUGAGGAAAAUCAAACGCACUGGCUGGAUCCUGCGUCACGUAUCUCCAGGCAAUUGAAACCCAAAGCAGACCCUUAUGAUUUAUAUUUUGGUGUUAAAUUCUAUGCUGCAGAUCCUUGUAAAUUAGUUGAGGAAAUAACCAGAUAUCAAUUAUUUCUACAAGUGAAACAAGAUGUUCUGCAAGGCAGAUUACCGGUGGCUUUUGAACUCGCUGCUGAGUUGGGCGCUUUUGUAGUGCAAUCUGAGUUAGGUGAUUAUGAUCAAAGACGCCAUUCCAAGGGUUAUGUAUCAGAAUUCCGUUUAUUACCCAAUCAAAGUAACGAAUUGGAAAAUCGUGUUGCUGAGUUGCAUCAACAACUGAAGGGUAUGUCGCCAGCGGCCGCCGAAUUAAAUUAUCUGGAUAAAGUAAAAUGGCAUGAUAUGUACGGUGUCGAUUUACAUCCAGUAUUGGGUGAAGAUAGCGUUGAAUAUUUUCUGGGACUGACUCCAAGCGGUAUUGUUGUCUUACGUAAUAAGACCACGGUGGCUCAUUAUUAUUGGCCACGCAUAGCCAAAGUUUAUUAUAAAGGACGCUAUUUUAUGCUGCGCAUAAGUGAUAAAAACAACGAGUUGAGCACUUAUGGUUUCGAAACGCCACGUAAAUCAGCGUGUAAGCACUUGUGGCGCUGUUGUGUGGAGCAUCAUGCAUUUUUUCGUUUAAUGCGUGUACCGCCGCCUAUUUUACCAAAUUCACCAUCAAAUACCUCGGAUAUCUUUCAGCUGGGCUCGCGACUCAAGUGCAGCAAAGAAAAAUCUACGAAAGAUGCUUUAUUUAUAAAUCGUACUCCGCCAGCUUUUAUACGCGUACCCUCAAAACGUCAACCCAGACGUAUAAUUGAUGAUUUUUUACGUGACAGUAAAACGGCAGAACACUAUGCGAGUUCAACACUUUUAACAAAGAAUUCAAGCAGCUAUGAGAGCCCGUAUCGUUCCACCUACAGCAUACCAACUAGUCUCGGGAUCAAUCCGUAUCAUCAGCAAACGCAGCAUGCAGUACCUCACAGUCAAAGUAAUUACAAUAACAACGGUGGCAACAACAGCGUUGCCCAGACACCUGAUUCGCCACGCAGUACACGCAGUGCUCCAUGGCCGAGAUCGCAGCAGCGUUCAUUGUUUGGCAAUAAACCAUCUAGUCCGCGUUCAGUACGUUCGGUAAGCACUGCAGGCGGCGGUGGUGGUGGUGGUGGUGUUGGUAGUGGUAGUGGUAACAAUAAUGGGCAUCCCCACAAUCAUCAUCAUCAGCAUUCCCACCAUCACCACAAUCAGCGACAACACCAAUCAUCUCAGCGUGAUCAUGCAUCGUCUGCAUCAUCGCAUCAGCAACGCUAUCGCUCCAGUUCGGUAGAAAGUCACUCGUCCAAUGAUUCGCGUUCCACACGCAGGCACAAGCAUCGUCAUCGUCGUACCUCUGAUAACGAUAGUGAAUUAUCGCGUGGUAGUGGACGAUCGGCACGUUCACAUCAUCGUAAACAUCGACGUUCACGUCAUCGACGCGAUUCUGGAGGCUCAGAUCGUGAUAGCACACGUGGUCGCAGUUACUCGGGUCAUCGUACCUCAAUAGCACGUAGUGCCAGUGCCAUUGGUUCCGCUUCCGAAUUGAUAGAUUCGAGCACGCAAUGGCGUGAGGCACAAAGACGCCAAGUGGAGGCUAGUUUAGGACAAAGUUCCGUACAACAGGCAUCAGUCUCCAAGAGCAGUAUGGUAGCACGUAGCUUGCACAGUAACGAUUCGCAUUCCGAUACCCAUUCUCAUCAUAAAUCGCGCCGUCACAGAAAAAAUAAAUCUCCCUCUGAUUCCCGCAAUCGUUUAUGGAACAGUGAAUUGGCCAAACAUUUGCAAUUCGAUUUAGUUGACACCGCUGGCAUGACUGAAGAUCAAUUGCGUGAAAUCCCUUAUACAGUAGUCGAAACGAAUUCGAAACGUUCUUCCUCAAAUAUUCGCAUACACAAAAGCAACAGUAAGAAUAGUGUUGGAGGUAAAAGCACAGGAUCGGGCAAUACCCUGACAAAUGGCAGUGGCUCAAUAAGUGGUCAUGGAAAGAAUCGGGUCGAUCGUAUACGAGGUCUAUAUUAUCAAAAUUCUAAUCCACAUGAUAGUUCGAGUGCCAAAAAUGGUUCAAUACGUUCAGCAAGUACGGUAUCUUCCAGAGAAUGCGAUCGUAAUACUGGUUUAGUACGAAUGAUGUCUAGUAUGAGCAUGGGCGAUUUUAUAUCGCCUACUGGUUCUAAUCUGAGUCCAAUGGAAAAUUCCGCUUUACGAGUAUCGCAUGAACAUACCGAUUCUGGCUUAGGGGCUGACCAAGAUUACGCCUAUUCAUCGGAAAGAUCCAGUGAUAGUACACGUUAUGGUACUAACAAAUCCUCGGGGGCGUCUAGUGGUAGUCAUCGUAAAUCCAAUGGUCCUGUACUUAAUGGUGUCAAUAGUUCCACCUACAAUAGCCUCAUGCAACAGACUCAACAUCAACAGCAGCAACAACAACAACAACAACACCAACAACAACAACACCAACAAAAACAUUUGGAUAUGGCAAACGAAACAUCAUCCAAAUCAAAGACUCCUAAUCAUCGAUUAUUAAAUUACACCACCUUUGAGAAUAAUCAAUACAAAUUCAGCUUGAAUAAUGUGUUCGGCUCAAAGAGCGGUGGCACGGCCACAGCAGCCGUAACACGUAGUAAUUCAAGUAGCAUUAGUAGUAAUAAUGGUGGCGGUAAUGGUGGUGGAAAAUCUUUUACUAACACACAAAUUGAUCAUUUCGUUGAGUGGCCUAACACCCCGGCUGCUCCAUACUAUUAUCAGGGACCGUCCUCAGUUGCUUUACAUGCUAAGCGGCGGGAUGCUAAAUCAGAUUUAGGUAUACCAACGCGUCGUCUGUCCGGUCAGAGAGAGAUAACGAAAACUCAAUUACUAAGUGGCGGACAUUUAACUCAUUUGAAUAUGACGGGUUACCCGAUUAUGGGACCUCAUUAUCCCGCACCCGGUUAUAAUGCUCGUUUACAUCCUGCAAAAUCGGAACUUUUUUUAGCUUAUCCUACUACAAAUGAAUAUGAACCCCCCUUUAUUUAUAAUUAUAAAAUGCCACAAAUGCCCGAAUUUUCAAGAUCCUCACAACAACAACAACAACAGCAACAACAGCAAUUACAAUCGACUACCGCCUAUCAUAUUUCGGGUUCACAGACCGCUGAUCCUUCCCCUACCAAUUUAUAUAAAAGCGCCGGUAACUCGUCGUCCGGUGGCAGUUUAUACGGUGGCACUGCACCUGCCAACGACGUCAUGUACUAUCAAUUCGACAACGGCAAAACGAUGCCACCAAUCGUUCAACAACCAAAAUCUUUACAUAAUAAGACCCUAGCAACAACAAUAAAUGCGGCAACAACGAAAACAACAUCGUCAUCGUUAUCUCCGUCGCCAUCGCAUGUCAUCGGCCCGUUGAUAUAUUUACAGCAUAACAACAAUUCCAAUGUAACUGUGACAGAUGCCAAUGCAUCGGCAAUAGCCAGUGCAACAGGCACGACAAUAAACAAUCAACCAACGACAAGCACCACAACAAUGACUAUGAUUGGCAAUGAGAGACAAGCAAAUUCAUCAUCGCAUUCACGUUCGACUACGUGCAGCGAUGACGAUCUUGAAGAAAUCAAUGAAGAGCCCAGCAAUACCGAAUACGAUAAUGAUGACGAUGAUGAGGUAUCCUAUGAUGAAUAUGAUGAUGCGGCCAAUGCAGAUGUCAAAAUUAAUCAAAACAUUAAUAGCAAUCAUAACAAGAAUAACAUUAAUACUGAUAAUGAAUCCAAUAUAAUACAAAAGGCAAAGCCUGUAAUACCGGCGAAUAAUGCAAUUGAUGUUAAAACAGCAGACACUGGUGCACAAAUUGCUGCAGAGCUGAAUGGAACCGCAACUUCCGCUUUGGCUCACAUUAAUCUUGAUAAAUGUAAUGCGAAUGUUAUUGAGCAACACCAUCAACAGCAUGCUCAUUAUCGGCAGCAGCAGGACCAACAGCACCAGCACCAGCAUCAGCAGCAGCUGCAGCAACAACAGCAACAGCAACUAGAGCAAUUGCAAUCGACAGCACUAGUUAAUGCCUCCUCCCCGAAUGCCAAUUCCUCCUAUGUCUCAUAUAAUAGUAGCACUCAUUUCAAUACGAAUCCUCCUCAAUCCACUGCCACAAAUUGUAAUACAGCUUUUGCUAUACAGAAUGCCAUCAGUUCCCCCAACACUUGUGCUAUUUAUAAUCACCCCGUUCACGUUUAUAAUGCGAACAAUUCAAUCAAUUCCAAGAAUCGUAUGCAACAAAUUGAAAAUUUACAUUCACCAACAACAACAAAUUCACAUACAAAUCCCAAUGCAUUUACCAAUAAUAGUAACCCUUCCGAAUUAGUAAUAACAACAACAACAACAAUAACAACAACAACAACAACAACAGAAUCCCCACCACCACCAUCAUCAAUAUCAACCAUAUCAUCAGCACAUAUGCAUAUGCAUACAAUGCAAAAUCGUUUACAAAUUCAAAAUCAAAAUAUUUCCUCCAGCUUAGAGAUAAUCCUUUCGCCACUUAUAAAAAAUGCUCGACGGUAA